AUGGCUGCAAACGGGCUAGUCCGUGUCUUGCCUGUCAUUGACCCCUCCGCGGGACACAGCUUCAGGGAGCCCAUCAAACGCAUCCACGAGCACCAGGAUGUGUCGGAGUUCUUGUGCUCCAAAGGCUACGUGGACAUUAUGACCUUCCUGCUGCAGCUCAACCGGUCCAUGUUCCCCGCCAAAUUGCCAGAUGGGCGUGUCCAGACCUGGCCGGUGGGAUCGGAUGCGGUCGAGUACUCCGCCCCCGUCCGUCAACUACAACAACUACUAUCCAAGCUCGAAGCGAUCCUGGAAGAAGCACCACCCGAUAGGGGGCCCCGCAGAUUCGGGAACAUUAGCUUCCGCCGGUGGUAUGAGAUCGUGGAGAGCCGCGUCUCAAGCCUACUGGAAGAGUGCCUGCCCGCAGACCUUCUGAAGACUAAAUCGUCCGACCCCGACGGCCCGACAGCAGAGGUAGAGCUCAAGGCCUAUUUUCUGGGUAGCUGGGGAAGUCCCCAACGCCUGGAUUACGGCACGGGUCAUGAGCUGAGCUUUCUGGCCUUCUUGGGGGCUCUAUGGAAACUAAACGGGUUCCCUCGGAACACCCCAGGGGUGGAGGAACGAGCUAUCGUUUUGGGCGUGAUCCAACCUUACCUGGAACUCGUCCGCAUCAUCAUCAGGAGCUACACGCUGGAGCCGGCCGGGUCUCACGGCGUGUGGGGAUUAGACGAUCAUUCGUUCAUUCCCUACAUCUUCGGCUCGGCGCAGUACGCCCCGGCUCUUUCGCAAACGGACCAAGUCCCUGAGGAGGGCUCCCUUCCUGAUGCACCUGACCCCAACGGUGUCGCGAAGGCGGCCGUCGUGGAACGGGAGCGACAAACAAACCUGUAUUUCUCUGCUAUUGGGUUCAUCUACGAUGUGAAGAAGGGGCCGUUCUGGGAACAUAGUCCGAUGCUCUACGAUAUUUCAGGCAUCCGCACCGGCUGGGCCAAGAUCAACAAGGGUAUGAUCAAGAUGUACAACGCGGAAGUUCUGUCCAAGUUCCCCGUCGUCCAGCAUUUCCCCUUUGGGUCCUUGUUUAGCUGGGAUCGCGACCCCAACGCGGUGCCCCCUCCGUCUACGGUGCAUGCCGCCUCAGGGCCUCAGUCGCGACCCCAGGAACCUUCCACACAGCAUCCUGCACCGGGGACCAUGGCUCCUUGGGCUGCCGGCUCACAGACAAGCCCCGCGGGUGGUGGCACCGCUGCACCCUGGGCUGGAGGCCCAGCAAGAGCCCCGAUUCUGCCUGAUACCUCACGGUUACCCCCGGGACCCAUGGCGCCUACCCGAGCGCCGUGGGCGAGUGCCCAGCAAAGGCCGGCUCCGGGUGGACCGGCGACCCAGGAGGACAUGCUCACGAAGGCCCCUUGGGCCAAGUAA